CUGGUGAUCAGACGAAUCUGAAACGGAGUGGAGUGAACUCUGGAGUAAUAAACACAGGACUGUAGCAACACGUAGCACCACGCACUGCGUGGUAAACUGUUUUUAACACUAUUAACCAGUAAUGAAUCGAGCGGUAAAAGAAGUGCUUAUGGUUAUAGGUACGUCGGGUGUGGGUUUUCGUGACAUUCGUGCAGGCAGUGGUAUGGGGUCUGUGUAUAUACGCGUGUAGCUAACUUAUUAGAACGUUCACGUGGACCUCGGCUCGCGACUUUCGCCCCGCGGGAGAGCGCACCUCAGACGCAAACAGGUCAUGGACGACUCGGACUCUAGCGCGAUUCUCCCCCAGGAGUUCAUUCCGCCCGCCGGGGAUGAGAUCCCGGAUUCGGACGCCCUCCCCCCCGAUUCAGCGGUCGUAGACAAGCCGCCCUGUUCCCCUCUGCGCAGCGGGCGCCCACCCUUCCCCUGUCCGCUGCCGAUCUCGGUGGAACCGGUGCUUUUUCUUUCCAUGUUCUCGCUGGCUCUCCAGAUGCCGUUGACCACGCAGUACCUCUGGGACCGCAUCAGUGAAGAUGUCGGCUACAACGGAACGAAAUCAGGGGGAUGUCGAAAUACCUCCGGCCCGCCCGAUCCGCUGGAGAAGGAGGUGGAGACUCUGACGGCGCACUGGAGCCUGUACAUUAACCUGGGCGGUUUCGCGGUGGGGCUGUUUGUGGUGACGCUGCUGGGCCCGUGGAGUGACCGGGCGGGCCGGCGGGCGCUGUUGACGGUGCCCAGCCUGGGCCUGGCGCUGCAGGCGGGCACCUACCUGGCCGUGCUGUACCUGCGGCUGCCCGUGCCCUGGCUGCUGGCGGGCCGCCUGCUCAGCGGGCUGUCGGGCGACUUCAACGCCAUCCUGGUUGGCUGCUUCGCCCACGUGGGCGACACCAGCGCCCGCCGCCACCGCACCUUCCGCGUGGCCGUGCUGGAGGCCUGCCUGGGCGUGGCCGGGAUGCUCGCCAGCGUCAUCGGCGGGAAGUGGCGCCGGGCGCAGGGGUACAUUAACCCUUUCUGGCUGGCCCUGGCGUGUAACCUGGCAGCGGCGCUGUACGCCUGGCUCUUCGUGGCGGACACGGUGACCCCUGACCCCGGGGCGCGCCUCUUUUCGGGGGCGCACCAGCGGGCGGUGCUGCGGCUGUACGGGCGGCGCUCGGGCGGGGGGCGGGGCCCCCUGCUCUGGCUCUACGCGCUCUGCUUCCUGCUGGUGGUGACGGUGCAUUUCGGGAGCCGCGACCUGUACGUGCUGUACGAGCUGAGCGCCCCGCUCUGCUGGGGGCCCGAGCUGGUGGGGUUCGGCUCCGCCGCCCUGCACCUGGCCUACCUGAGCAGCCUGCUGGGCCUGCGCGUCCUGCAGCUCUGCCUGGACGAGUCCUGGGUCGCCCUGCUGGGCCUGGCCUCCAACGGCGCCGCCCUGCUGGUCAUCUCCACCGCCAGCAGCACCGCGCUCAUGUUCACCGGGUAUGGGCUGAACUUCCUGUCCAUGGCUUCUACUCCGGUUCUCCGCUCAAAACUCUCCAAACUGGUGGACUCGUCCCAACAAGGAGCUCUGUUUGCGUCGGUGGCCUGUGUGGAGAGUCUGUGCUCUUUGCUGGCCACUGGAGUGUUCAACAGCCUGUACCCCGCAACCCUGCACAUCUUUAAGGGGUUCCCCUUCCUCUUCGGUGCCAUCCUCCUCCUCAUCCCCGCCUGCAUCAUCGGGACCAUCAGAUGUAGAGAAAUGAGGACGGCUCACGACGGAACCUCCUGAGGUUCCUCCUGGCCCCGCCCCCCUGACCUUCACGCACCAAUCACCUAACAGAGCCGGGUCUCCCGCUUCUCACUGCCCCACCCACACACACUCUCCCAGAUGGAGGGGUCUGGGGUGAAGUCCGGACUCGAACACCCCAUCAUCUCUGCGUUUGCUACAUAACCCAGCAAGCUCCUUCCUGCUAUCCCAGAAUGCCCCUGCACAGGUGUACCCUGAUGAUGGAUUCACACAGGUGUGAACAGGAGGGGAAGGACAGGUAGAGAGGUGGAGAUGGGUAGGAACAGCCCCUACCCAUCAUGCACUCUCCUUCUGGUGUCACCUGGGUUGCCAGAGUGUAAAACUCCUCCUGUGGGAUAUUUCAGCAAUACUUCUUUUGAAUAGCUUUCUUUGAAUGGCACUUUAAGACACUGCAGAUUAUGGAUAAUCUUAAAAGACACAUCUGGAUUUAUCGAUAUUGGGAGAAAAAAGACUCAUUUUUUAAAUAUGAUUUCAAUGUUUGCUUAAUAAUGUAUUUUGUUGAAGUUUCUCAGGGAUCUGAAGCUGUGUUUUCAGAGUUUAUGUCCAUUUAGUGUGAAAGAAUGUUGAAGUCCUGAAACGUACAGUAUGUGCACUGUAAUCCAGAGACUAACACUGAUAUUCUCCACUAAUAUGAGACCCCCUUUUACACCAUUAACAAGUGUUUUCCUUUGAAGCGUACGUUUUUAAGAUUUCUUUUUCUCACAAAAUUUUAAGUCAGUGUUCUAGAACCCUAUACAAUUUCAGUGACCAGUAGAGGUUGUUUACAUCAGCAUUAGAAGGUUGAGUGAAGAACAUUCUAAUCACAUAUUUUUGCGAUCUUCCGCCUUGAAAAGGGUUAAUCGUUAUCUGUGCUGACAAUACAUAUCGCUGCCCAUUAAUUCAGACGGAAAAACCUGGGAGGAGAAAUGCUGAAACGCUGCCUUAAGAGAGCUGCACAACUGAGCCAUCGCUGGUGACAAGCUGUGCAAAAAAGAAUUAACAAUAUGUUAAUGGGGGAGGAACAUGACGCACGACUGUAUGAUUCUGAAGGGUGUUUGGGUAAUGAAAUUGCCACUGCGUGUUGCAUGAUUAGCCUGUUAAUGGAGGCAGUCACAGUGAACAAGAUUACAAGCAAAAUGGCUCGAAAUAAAUUAAAUUUUCUACAGAAACGAA